AACGUAUAUUAAUUUUUUGGCCAGAUUUAAUAUUAUUUUAUUUAAAAAUUCAAAACGUCUGAAAAAAAAAAAUGAAAAACGGAGUAUCCGUGGAGUUGCGGUGCGUUACACAGGUUCAAAAGUGUCUUGGAUGUCACGUGUUUGUUCCCUUACACUCGUUCUCCUAACUUGUUUUGCUCUUCUAACUAAAAGCCAUAACUGCAUUACAAAUUUCGCGCGAUUUUCAUCACCCUUCCCACCUCACGCCUCUUCAUUUAUAGAUUCUCAUCAUUCACUUCUGUCAGCCUUUUUUCGGUUAUAGAAUAUUCUGAUUCUCAUAGACAAAACUUGUGAAAUUCUAGCUUUCUUGUUAGUCCAAUGAGUCUUUUGUUCGUACUUGAAAUUCUUUGCUACCCUGUUUAGCCAUUGUCAUCUGCUUAUACUCAACCCAUAUAGCCAACAAGUUCAGACCAAAGAUGGUUUCUUGUUCCCUUUUGCUGAUCUUUCUACGAUCUUUAACCCCUUUAUGUUUCUGGGUUUCUGUUUAAAGGUCCAAUAUCCCGCCAACCUCUCUUUUUUAUUCUGGGAUUUUCUUUAUUUGGUUGAUGUAUCUUUCGGGGGUUUUAAGGAUCCAAAAUUCCUGAUUUAUAAAGAAAGUGUCUUUGGGUGUGAAUUUUACAUUUGUUAGUUAAGUUCAUGUCUUUCCAAUCAUGGUUUCCACUAAAAUGGAAAUUUCUUCAUUUAUUCAGAUUUGGGUUACUUGAGAAGAUAUUAAAGAUUCAUUGCUCCAAGAAAUUUAUAUGGUACAUUAGUUUUAGAACAGAGUGCCACAUUGCAUUUUCUGCUUUUCUUUGUUUGUAGUGAAUUGGCUUUUGCCGGAAAGAUGGUGGCCUUUGGGAAGAAGUUGAAAGAGUCGCAAAUUCAAGACUGGCAAGGGUAUUAUAUUAACUAUAAGAUGUUGAAGAAGAAAGUCAACAGAUAUGCUCAACAACUGGAGGUUGGAGCAGAAGAUCACAGUUAUGUUCUCAAGGACUUCUCAAGAAUGUUAGACACUCAGAUUGAAAAGAUUGUAUUGUUUCUGCUGGAACAACAAGGACAACUUGCAAGCAGGUUAUCUGAACUUCGAGAACAGCAUGAUGAAAUUUUGCAGCAGCCAGAUGGAUCAAAAAUAUCCGAGUUACAAGAAGCAUACAGAGGAGUAGGAAAUGAUCUUUUAAGGCUUCUCUUUUUUGUUGAGAUGAAUGCAACUGGCUUGCGAAAGAUUUUGAAGAAGUUUGAUAAGCGCUUUGGCUAUAGAUUCACUAAUUACUAUGUCAAAACCCGUGCAAAUCAUCCUUAUUCUCAGCUGCGACAAGUAUUUAGACAUGUGGGUAUUGGUGCUGUUGUUGGAGCCAUAUCUCGCAAUCUUGCGGACCUGCAAGCCCAUCAAGGGAACUACAUAUCGAUAUAUGAUCAGCCUGCUUUAUCCCAUCCGGACCCUGUGAUUCAUUCUAUAAAAGCAGCCGUAAACAGAUUGUCAAAUUCAACAAAUUUUUUCGAGUUUUUGGGGAAGCAUGCAUUUAUCAUGCAAGAUGAUUUACCAACUCCAUCUGAAGAUGAUGGUGCAGAGCAGAGAUAUCAUUUCAUGUCGCUUCUCUUGAAUUUGGUUAACACAUUUCUAUAUAUGGUCAAUACAUAUAUCAUUGUCCCAACAGCAGAUGACUACUCCCUUAGCCUUGGAGCUGCAGCAACUGUUUGUGGUGUUGUGAUUGGUUCAAUGGCUGUUGCACAAGUGUUCUCCUCAGUUUAUUUUAGUGCAUGGUCGAAUAGAUCAUACUUGAGGCCACUUGUAUUUAGCAGUGUUGUGCUUCUCAUUGGAAACACCUUGUAUGCUCUGGCUUAUGAUCUUAAUUCAAUAGCAGUACUUCUGGUCGGUCGACUAUUUUGUGGGUUAGGUUCUGCCAGAGCUGUAAACAGGCGUUAUAUCAGUGAUUGUGUACCACACAAACUGCGGAUGCAGGCAUCUGCAGGCUUUGUUAGUGCAAGUGCCCUUGGAAUGGCAUGCGGUCCAGCUCUAGCUUCCUUAUUUCAAACUGAUUUUAAGAUUUACAAGCUCACAUUUAAUCAGGACACUUUGCCUGGUUGGAUUAUGGUUCUUUCCUGGAUUGUCUAUUUGUUGUGGUUGUGGAUUUCUUUUAGAGAGCCUCCUCAAGAGAUCAAGGAGAACAGAACGCCACGGGAAGAACCAACUUUGUCUGUUUUAGGAUCAUCGGUGAACUAUACCGUAGAGAAUGGUUUCACACGGCCACUGCUUUUGAACAUGGAAUCCAAACAACAAGGUCAAAAUGAAGACCAAGAAUAUGAUGAUGGUGAGGAAGAUUCUUGUGAGAAAGCUCACAAACCUGUCACUUCAAUUGUCUCAGCAUACAGGUUACUAACUCCAUCUGUGAAGGUUCAACUAUUUGUUUAUUUUAUGCUUAAAUAUGCAAUGGAGAUAUUGCUUGCUGAAGCAAGUGUCAUCACUGCAUAUUACUUUAUUUGGUCAACCAGCAGUGUGGCCAUCUUUCUUGCAUGUCUUGGGCUAACAGUACUUCCAGUAAACAUCAUUGUUGGAACCUACAUCAGCAACAUGUUUGAAGAAAGGCAAGUUCUGCUGGCAUCUGAAAUCAUGGUUUUGAUUGGUAUACUCCUAAGCUUCCAUAUCGGAAUCCCUUACUCUGUACCUCAGUAUGUUGGCUCAGCACUGAUCACUUUUGUGUCUGCGGAAGUGCUUGAAGGUGUGAACUUGUCACUCCUGUCCCGAGUUAUGUCAUCAAGGCUUUCUCGUGGAACUUACAAUGGGGGCCUGCUUUCAACAGAAGCUGGAACCCUGGCUCGAGUAAUUGCAGAUGGAACAAUAACACUAUCUGGCUACUUGGGUGUGGGUAGGCUUUUGAACGUUACCUUAAUUCCUUCACUAUUCAUCUGUAUCACCUCCAUUAUUGCCACCUGCUUCACCUACAACUCCCUUUACUAACAACACUUUUCUUGUAUGUAAAAAUUUUGUAAAGUAGUAUUACUCUAAUCAACUGCCAAUUAUAAGACAAUUAGAUCAAAUUUCUCCAGCUUCUAAUCAUUGCUUCUGUAAAACAUUCAAAGCAGUCAACGGCUGUCACAAUUGUGAAAUUCCAUUUAUCAGCAAAGCAGUCGAUCACUUGAUAAAGGCAUAAACAAUAUUAUAUGGUCCCUACAUUGCAUCUUCAAGAUAUGAAACAAAUAUA